CUCGCGGAUGGCACGCAUGCGCAGUGCGCCGCCUGUUACCUGUCAGCGGCAGAGCGGCGGCGUGGCGGGAUGGAGGGGCUUAUCCCGCUCGUCAACCGGCUGCAGGACGCCUUCGCGGCGCUGGGCCAGAGUUGCCUGCUGGACCUGCCGCAGAUCGCGGUGGUGGGCGGGCAGAGCGCCGGCAAGAGCUCUGUGCUGGAGAACUGCGUCUCCAGGGAUUUUCUUCCACGAGGUUCUGGAAUUGUAACAAGACGACCAUUGGUCCUGCAACUCAUCACUGCCAAAACAGAGUAUGCUGAAUUUCUACACUGCAAAGGGAGGAAAUUUACUGAUUUUGAUGAAGUUCGUCAGGAAAUUGAAGUAGAAACAGAUAGAGUAACAGGAGUGAACAAAGGCAUUUCUUCAGUUCCUAUAAAUUUAAGAAUAUAUUCUCCACAUGUAUUAAGCCUGACCCUUAUUGAUUUGCCCGGAAUCACUAAAGUGCCAGUAGGGGAUCAGCCUCCAGAUAUUGAGCAGCAGAUCAGAGACAUGAUAAUGCAGUUCAUCUCUCGUGAAAACUGUCUGAUACUGGCUGUGACUCCAGCUAACACUGAUUUGGCCAACUCAGAUGCACUGAAGUUAGCUAAGGAAGUGGACCCUCAAGGCCUUAGGACCAUCGGUGUGAUCACAAAAUUGGAUCUGAUGGAUGAUGGAACAGAUGCAAGAGAAAUUCUAGAAAACAAACUACUCCCUCUUCGUAGAGGUUAUGUUGGUGUUGUAAACAGAAGCCAGAAAGACAUUGAUGGGAAGAAGGACAUUAAGGCAGCUCUUCUAGCAGAAAGGAAAUUCUUUCUUUCCCACCCAGCGUAUAGGCACAUGGCAGAUCGGAUGGGAACGCCCUAUCUCCAGAAAGUUCUAAACCAGCAACUUACCAAUCAUAUUCGGGAUACCCUGCCAGCCUUCAGAAGCAAACUUCAGAAUCAGCUGCUUUCUAUAGAACAUGAAGUAGAGGUAUACAAAAACUUCAGACCAGAAGAUCCAACCAGAAAAACUAAAGCCCUGUUGCAGAUGGUGCAACAGUUUUCAGUGGACUUCGAAAAAAGAAUCGAAGGAUCAGGAGAUCAGGUUGAUACAUUAGAACUUUCAGGAGGUGCCAAAAUCAAUCGUAUUUUCCAUGAACGUUUUCCUUUUGAACUAGUAAAGAUGGAAUUCAAUGAGAAGGAACUGCGGAGAGAAAUAAGUUAUGCCAUCAAGAACAUACAUGGUAUCAGAACAGGUUUGUUCACUCCAGAUAUGGCAUUUGAAGCCAUUGUUAAGAAGCAGAUAGUCAAGCUGAAAGGACCUUGCUUAAAAAGUGUGGAUCUGGUGAUGCAAGAGUUAAUCAACACUGUCAAAAAGUGCACUAAAAAGUUGGCAACAUACCCAAGGUUGUGUGAGGAAACAGAAAGAAUUGUUGCUGGUUACAUUCGUGAAAGAGAAGAGAAGACCAAGGAUCAGGUGCUGCUGCUGAUUGAUAUUCAGGUUUCUUACAUCAACACCAACCAUGAAGACUUCAUUGGCUUUGCAAAUGCCCAACAAAGAAGCAGUCAGGUUAACAAAAGUGCAGUGGGAAAUCAGGGAACCAAUCUACCGCCUUCAAGGCAAAUUGUCAUCCGGAAAGGCUGGCUGACCAUCAACAAUAUCGGCAUCAUGAAAGGAGGAUCCAAGGAAUACUGGUUCGUUCUAACUGCAGAAAGCUUGUCCUGGUAUAAAGAUGAUGAGAUUGGUUUGGUAGUUGUAACAUCCUGUUCUCAGAUGAUUACUGAAAUGGCUGCAUGCUGGUGUAUUUGCAGCCUCGAAAAAGAGAAGAAGUAUAUGCUUCCUUUGGACAACUUGAAAGUGCGAGAUGUUGAAAAGAGCUUCAUGUCUAGCAAACAUAUCUUUGCAUUGUUCAACACAGAGCAGAGGAAUGUUUACAAGGAUUACCGUUUCCUUGAGCUAGCCUGUGACUCCCAAGAGGAGGUGGAUAGCUGGAAGGCAUCUCUGCUACGAGCCGGUGUCUAUCCUGAUAAAUCCUCAACUGAAAACGAUGAGAACGGCCAAGCGGACAAUUUUUCAAUGGACCCCCAGCUGGAGAGACAGGUGGAGACAAUUCGAAAUCUUGUGGACUCCUACAUGUCAAUUAUCAACAAAUGUAUCCGCGACUUGAUACCGAAAACAAUCAUGCACCUUAUGAUCAAUAACGUGAAAGAAUUUAUCAACGCAGAGCUCCUGGCUCACUUAUACUCUUCUGAGGACCAAAACACUCUAAUGGAGGAGUCGGCUGAACAGGCACAGAGGCGAGAUGAAAUGCUCCGCAUGUACCAAGCACUAAAGGAAGCCUUAGCAAUCAUUGGUGAUAUUAGCACUAGCACUGUCUCAACCCCUGCACCCCCUCCUGUAGAUGACUCUUGGCUUCAGCAGGCCCGCAGAUCACCUCCUCCAAGUCCCUCAACUCAAAGGAGGCCUACAUUAAGCAACCCCCCAACCAGACCUUUAUCCGGCCGAGGACCUGCUCCUGCAAUCCCAUCUCCAGGCCCUCAGUCGGGGGCUCCCCCAGUCCCAUUCCGCCCAGGACCAUUGCCUCAGUUUCCAAGUGGUGGUGAAGCUCUUGGUGGACCUCCCCAGGUUCCCUCUCGACCAACCCGGGCUCCUCCCAGUGUCCCAAGUCGAAGACCACCCCCUUCACCAACUCGGCCCACUGUAAUUCGUCCAUUAGAUUCAUCCCUGUUAGACUAAAAGAAGUUUCUGGCAUGCCAUUCAUUGUUAACCAAAUAUGUGGAAACAAAUUGCUUGGUAACUGUUGCAAUAACCAGUGUAUAGUCGCAUGUAUGGACAUCUAUAGGCAAGUAACCAAUUUUACUGAUACACUCUCUGUCCAUUCUGCAUUGUUUAUGAGAUCUUAAAUGUUUUGGGAAGGUCUGUGCUGCCUUGACUGUUCCUUUUGCAAUAACUGAUGUUAGCUAACUUACUGACACGUCUUCACCCAGGCAACCAUGCACACAGUCCUGUACAGAAAAUGGAGGGCUUGACUUUGUGUGUGUUUGUGUGCGUUGAUUUGACCUGCUUCUUUUUUCCCUCUUCUCUGAAAGGAAUCUUGCUUUCAUUUGUACCUUUCAGGUUUUCUAUUGUUCGGAAUUACACAGUUACAUCCAUUUUCUCUUUUAAUGUCUAAACUGGGCAAAGAAAAGUGAUAUAGUCUUACCAAGCUCUUCUGAAGGCCCCACACUUCCAUGUCUCUCCUGCAAGAAGUUUGCUGGAUGGCUGCUUCUCCUAUAAUUUCUCCUUAUGCAAAGUCUAGUUUUUAAGGAGUGGUGUUAAACAAGAAUUGUGUGUAUGGGACAACGCGUGUCUUACUUUAUUUCCACAUUGGCAGCUGACAUGCAACAUAGAUUGGGUGGUUAAUAAUGGCCAGGCUGUGGUGUUGCAGCAAAGACAUGAAAGGAUGUUUUGAAGAACCAGUACAUGACAGACCAGCGUGUGCCAGCUCGCUUUGGCCCCUGCUAGUGCUUGCUCACAUUCAUACUCCCACUGAACUCAUGGGAAGCCUUGGGGGCGCGUGUAUGAAAUAUGUAUAAAUGUACUGCAGUGCAA